GCGCGCUGCUGAUUAGCAUCUCAUUAGCAUAUGACGCGGGCAGGAAACGGCGGCGGCGGCAUGGGGCGGAGCGGGGCCGCGCUGCGGCUGGCGCUGGAGGGGAACAUCGCCGUGGGGAAAUCGACCUUCCUGAAGCUGCUGGCUGCCACCUUCCCGCGGUGGCACCUGGUGACAGAGCCGCUGGCGCAGUGGCGCGAGGUGCCGGCUGCUGGCACUGCCCAGGGCUUGCGGGGCGGUGCCAACCUGCUGCAGCUGAUGUACCAGGAGCCUGCCCGCUGGUCCUACACCUUCCAGACCCUGUCGUGCCUGAGCCGCCUCAGGGCGGCCCUGGAGCCCCCCGAGGAGGGCGGGGGCACCCCCGGCGCCCCCCGGCCCGUGCGCGUCUUUGAGCGCUCGCUCUUCAGUGACAGGUACCCCAAAAGGGGCACGGGGG